AUGAUAACGGGGAACCCUCAGAUGACCUGGUGCCUGCCAUUCUGGACACCGCCCAUCAGUACAACAUCCAGGUAUGGCUCCCAUGACGCAUUUUACCGCUAUAAGAACAGCAUGGGUAAGAGCCUCCCGCUCUUUUAUAUCUACGACUCCUACCUGACGUCCCCUGAGGCCUGGGCCCACCUCCUGACGCCAAACGGGCCCCACUCAAUCCGCAACACCCCCUAUGAUGGGGUCUUCAUAGCACUGCUGGUGGAGGAGGGCCACACCCAUGACAUCCUGGCUGCUGGAUUUGACGGCAUGUACACCUACUUCGCCUCCAACGGUUUCUCCUUCGGCUCCUCCCAUCAGAACUGGAAAGCUGUGAAGAACUUUUGCGAUGCCAACAACCUCAUGUUCAUUCCCAGCGUGGGGCCUGGCUACAUUGACACCAGCAUCAGGCCUUGGAACAACCACAAUACGCGGAACAGAGUCAAUGGCAAGUACUAUGAGACGGCCCUGCAGGCAGCCCUGACUGUGAGGCCUGAGAUCGUCUCUAUCACCUCUUUCAACGAGUGGCAUGAGGGCACCCAGAUUGAGAAGGCCAUUCCCAAGAAGACGCCGACUCGGCUGUAUUUGGACUACCUGCCUCAUCAGCCCAGCCUGUACCUGGAGCUGACGCGCCGCUGGGCGGAGCACUUCAUCAAAGAGAAGGAGCAGUGGCUGAUGUGAGGCGCCUUGAAGCCAGGGCGGGAGGAGCUGAAUCCCAGCCUCUCUGGAAGAUGGCACCACAUGGGGCUCGACUGAGGUUAUAGGCACUUGCUCCCGAGUCAGCAGCUAGGUGCUUCUGGGCCCAUCAAGUCAGGGCCCAUGGGGAACAGAGCUAGGUGGGUGUCCUGCAGGGAUGGGAAAAGUAGAGGGUGUUCCGGAGUGGGAACCCCAGGGGCUGGCAGGGGACUGCACUAGCCCCAGGGAGCUCCACGUCGUCAGUCGGAAACUUUAAACAAUUCCUUCUAGCUUGGAACUCAGCUGGCUGGUGUUGUGGAGUCACCAAGUCACUGCUCGUAGAAGGGUGUCAGGGCUCUGGGCCAGCAAGCACCUGCUUCUGUCAGCCUGCAUCCUCCCCAGGCCUCCCUCCCUCAUCGGCUGUCUUCCCCAAGUUAAGAAACCAUACUGAAGACUUUAUAAAAGGAAAAAUUCUCGGUUUAAGCUCUUCCCAGUAGAUUCCCAGACCUGAUUAUCAGGAUAUAAUCCUGAGCAUUCACACAUUUAUUCAACACACCCUUGGCAAGCACCUUACCACGUGCCAGCUGCUGGGGCAAAACCUGACCAGGAAUGGUUCCUGUCUUCCUAAACUUGCAGGAGCCAGCUUUCCUUAUUCCUUAUUUGGUGUGGCCUUGUAGCUAGUGCCUCAGCACAGCUAUGAGUAUUUCCUUUUUUCAGCUUUGCCCAUUGCUGGGAGUUCACUUCAUUUUCCUCGAAGAAAACACCUCUGUGCUCCAGAGCUUUCACUUUCCUAGAUGAGUAUUUAGCUCCAGGAGAGGACUAGGACACCCCCCCUCCCCAUUAGCUGCCUGAAUUGAAUGAGGCCCACUCACUAGAGCCGUUUUCAGUGCUACUGUGAUUUGUAUUAAAUAUGACGUGUUGUUCCUAUUCUCCAGCCAGCUUUCCUUUUGCUCCCUUCAGGUUAACACACUCUGACCCCUCAGUCAGAUUCUGUGAUGAACUGACAAGUGGGAUGGGCUGGCUACCACAUUAACACAAUGGAAAAGCCGAGUUUGCUUAAGAAAUUAGUAGUUUCAACAGGACUUCUAGAGGGAAUAUUUAGCAAACCAAGGCUUAUUUACAAACUAAUAUGCUAAUUGCAGGGAUCCUCAAAGCAGGCCCUGGGAUACCCUCUUGGCAAGAUUCUUAAGAUCUACUUGAAAACAUGCAUUCGAAACCACUCAAUUGAGUUUAUGGACUUAAGACUGAAUCCUAAUUCUGAGAACUGGGAUAUGAGGGGGGAGGGGAGGAAGCGGGCCCUACUGGUCACCACAAGGACUCCCCAGUACCUGUUUAGUAACAGGUACUAAACCCCACCAAUGGAUGGGCAUUGGGGCAGGCCUGGUCACUUUGCUGUGAUUCAGUUGGGGAAAGAAACCAAGGCAGGCAGGGACAGGUGAAAAGGGCUGGAUGGUGACCUGGAGUAAUUUACAAGGGAGUGACAAUGAGGCUUCAUCUCACACAUACACAUUUUUAAAAACACUAAAAAUACAGUCAGACCGGGGGGAAGGGGCAGUAAUUCUCACACACUGCUGAUGGUAAUGCAACUUGAUUCAGUUCUUUUGAAGGCUAACCUGUAUCAAGAGCCAUAAAAAUGUCCAUAUACUUGGACCCAGUAAUCCUACACCAAGGAAAUAAUUCAAAAGAAGAAAAAUAAAACAUUUACAAAGGUGUUUAAUAGCAAUCUUUUCUGUUAAAGAAAAAACAAAGUUCAAAUGCCCAACAAUAAUUAUGUUUAAUACUUUAUAUAUAAAGGCUGCAGAGUAGACACUGGAUUUAAAUAAAGGUAUUACAGGUAUAAGAAAUUAUUAUUUGUAUUAUGAAUAAAUAAGAAAAAAGUGGCUAAAAAGAACAGCAGAGGUUUUCCAACAUUCUUCAAUAAUUUGGACACCCCUUCCCAACCGAGCUUACUUCCCAUCAUUAGA